AUGUCGCUGAUCCCAAGCUUCUUUGGCAACCGCCGGAGCAACAGCGUUUUCGACCCGUUCUCGCUGGAUUUGUGGGACCCUUUUGAGGGAUUCCCUCUCUCCACCGCCAGGGUCGCGUCGGCGGUGGCGAACGCGCACAUAGAUUGGAAGGAGACGCCCGAGGCUCACGUGUUCAAGGUGGAUGUUCCUGGCCUCAAGAAAGAGGAAGUCAAGGUCGAGGUCGAGGACAGAUCCAUCCUCCAGAUCAGCGGGGAGAGGAGCAAGGAGCAAGAGGAGAAGAAUGACAAGUGGCACCGCGUCGAGAGGAGGUCCGACAAGUUCCUCCGCCGUUGCAAGCUGUCGGAAAAUGCCAAGCUAGCGGAGGUGAAGGCCGCCAUGGAGAACGGGGUGCUCACGGUGAUUGUGCCCAAGGAGGAGGUCAAGAAACCUGAGGUUAAAGCCAUCGACAUCUCUGGUUGA